AUGGCUCGCCGCCGCUCCCGCAAGCGCCACAACUCGAGCGGUCAGCAAGACCGCGCAGUUAAGCGGCCGGCAGCCGCCGGCCUGGCGUCGGCCAGCGCGAUGCAGAAGCUGCGUGGCUAUCUCAGCACCGCGGCAUCCACGGGCAGUGCGAUGCGGCGCGAGGCGGACCUGGAGGACGAUGACUUGCUAGAUGAGGGAGAGGACGCGAACAGCGAGGAUGGCACGGAGGUCGGCGAGGAGAGUGGCGGCGACAAGGUCAAGGUCUCGGCGGCGGACUGGCGCUCCGCCGCCUACUCGCGCCACUUUGACGCCUCGUGGGACGAGGCAAAGCUGGACGCGGCGCAAGCUUCUCUGCGCGGGAGCGAGGCCGCCCUGCGCGGUGUCGGGCGGGUGGAGGUGACCGCGCCGCCCGACCGGCCGCCGGUUCCCGAGCAGCCCGCCGGAGCCAGCGAUGACGAGGCGCUCGCUGCCGCCGGCGUCCUGCCUCCCCUCCGGAGGUCUUACGCGGCGGCGGUGGCGGAGCACGGCGGCAAGCUCGCAGCGACGGGCCGCUCCGUGCUUCACGCCGCGAGCUCGUACCGCGACGUCUACCUGCCCUGCGCGGCGCCGGCGUCCUACGGCGACGAAGGGGGAGGGCUGAUGCGCGCCCUCGCACUGCACACGCUGCAGCAUGUGCUGGUCGUGACGCGGCAGAGGCUGCGCGCGGCGCAGAAGGGGACGUCGCCCGCCGACCAGGGCUUCACGCGGCCGACCGUGCUGGUGCUGCUCCCCUUCCGCUCCCACGCCCUCGCCUUCGUCAAGGCGCUGCUCGAGCUGCUGCCCGACGCCAUCGAGCAGGCGACGGAGCCGCCAGGGCCGCUCCCUCUCCGCCUCAACCUCAGACCAACAACACCACCCAGUGGCCCAACAGGCAACACGGAUGACUGCUUCCGCUGCGGGCUCCGCCUCUCGCGCAAGUCGGCCAAGCUGUACGCCGCCUUCUACAAGGCCGACCUCGUGGUCGCAUCGCCGCUCGGGCUGCGCCUCGGUGUCGGCGGCGCGGGCGAGGCGCGCGCAGACUCGGACUGGCUCUCGUCCAUCGAGGUGCUGCUGCUGCUGCACGCGGAUGUCUUCCUGAUGCAGAACUGGGCGCACGUGGCGCGAGUCCUCUCCCUCCUCAACGCCACCCCCUCCGAGACGCGAGACACCGACUUCAGCCGCGUGCGCCCGUACGCGCUCGACGGUCUCAGCGGGCGGCUGCGCCAGACGCUGCUGCUGGCGGCGCACGAGGCGCCCGAGCUCCGAGCGCUCGCGAUGCGCAGCUGCCGCAACGCCUCUGGCCGCGUCGCCGCGCUGCCCGAGCACGGCGUUGGCUGCCUCUCCGCCGUGCCCUCCGGCACGAGGCAGCUCUUCCUGCUGCGGGACGAGGACGUCCCAUUCGUCGGCCUCUCCGAGUACUCGGAGCCGCCGGACGUGGCACGCGCGCGCGAGCUCGAGGGGCUGCUCGUCUACACCGAGCGCGCCCACUUCUUCCGGCGCCACCUCUUGAAGGGCGACGCGCAGCUCGCCUUCUACGGCCUGCCUUCAUACGCCCACUUCUACCCGGAGCUCGCCCAGAUGCUCUGCGCCGCGCCCAAGUACGACUUGCAGCCGCUGCGCCGGCUGGUGGGGGACGCUCGCGCCGCGCGGAUGGUGGCCGACCGCGAGACGAGCUUCCUCUUUCAGUGA